AUGGUGCAGAUGGCCAUCUACGCCUCCGAAAUGCUUGCUGUAGAGGGGCUAAUCAGGAAUCACGCACUGGGCAUGCUUACCCAAGAUGAUUGGACGUGGUUAUGGUAUUUCGACAGCGCGGGGGCGGUCCAAGCGCAGGGCUUCAAUAUACUCGCACACACCGCAGACUUCGUGCUCAUCUUGAUGUUGCUCCAGCGCUUCAAGCUCCCGCAGUGGGGGUUUCCGGAGGGGACGAACUCUGAGGCGAGACUCGACGUGAUCCGGUGUCUAUCUCCACCGCGAGCUGAGAUCCCGGGACCGGCUGGUGGCACAAGAGACCCGGCACGUCAGCCGGUCGAGACCUUCGAAGUCGUUGGAACGGGCAAGGAUGAUUUGCCCAAGACCAUGGUGGUGGAUCCAGAGCGUAUUCUGCACAAGCCCUCGCCUAUUCUGAGAGGGCGUCGAACGAUGGUGCUUGAGGCGCAGGACCCGGGCAUGCCUACAAUGUCUUACGUCGCGAAAUGGUCAUAUCCCGAGACGAUACGCUGCAAUGAGGCCAAGGCGAUCUGGAUAGCUCGCGAGAUUGUCGAGGACAUGGACAAAGAGGCGCUGGGAUCGCUGACAGACGUGGUCGCAUUCAAGGACUUCGCGCACCUGUCUACAGACAACAUCCGACGCCAUCUCCGUCUAUUCAGCGACCCCACACAGUCGCUCGUCGACGCUGAGUACCACGGGGAGCGCAUUCUGCGGUGCAUCUUCGAGGUGAAGCUCAAGCCAUUGACGUAUCUGACCGGCUUCGAGUUCGUGCGGGGCAUAAUCGAUUGCAUUAACUGUCACAAACUCCUGUGGAUCGGUAAUGGCAAGCACAGAAUCGAACACACCGACCUGAGCUUUUGGAACCUUGGCGUUUGCCCAUUUUCGCUGCGCGUCAGGGUGCGCGACCUCGACCUUGCUCGUGUGGUGAUAGUCGGCCAGCCAAGCCAACCUCAAGGGUCAGAGAGGACGGGCACCAUCCCGUUCAUGGCGCUUGACCUAUUGGACGACGCCUACUGGAAAGGUGAUCUCGAGCGCCUCUAUCGCCACGAUCUGGAGGCCUUCGUGUGGGUCACGGUGUACUACGCUUGGGCCUUCAACGACGAAGGAGUUGAAGACGAGGCUUCCCCAGUUCAAGCCUGGCUGACGAACGACUACGACCUAUGCAGACUCAAGAAGGUUACCUUCCUUGCGCGUCAGGCGAUCCAUGAACUCCCGGACUACAAAACGAGCCAGGGCAAAGACUCCACGUUCGGAAUAGUCCUGUCCUUUGCCAGGCGGCUUUCUCGCUGGCUAAACAUAGAGCGCUCGCUCCAGUCAGCUACAAACCCACACUGGCCUGAUCCUUUCGAUGAGUCCGCCGACGACGAAGGUGUCGAGAAUGAGCCACUCUUCUCAGAUGGGAAACAUGGCGAUAAGCUCCAAGACGCAGUUCGUGUUUUCGAACACCUCUGGGAUCACCUCAAGGGUUUUCGCUCGGUAGUCAAGGGCGUGGAGGUGACGCCUGAGCGGGUUGAAUAUUACAUGGAACGAGAGAAGAAGAUCGAGAAGUUGAAGGCGCAGCGUAGGGCGGAGGACGACAGAUUGGACAGAGAAGCAGACGACGAGGAAAGGGAACGGAAGAAGGCUAAGAAGGCGGAGGAGGAGGAGGCACGAGAGGAGUGCGACCGGCUUGUGGAUCUGUACUCUCCGUUGCUAUCAUACGACCGGACUUGGUUACAUACCUACAUUUUGGACGAUUUCCUGCAUUGAAGAUGCUACGUAUACUAUAUGUCGCUCGUCUCGUUCUCCACGGGUGGUGCAGGGCACCGAACCACUCGCGACAACCAUUAUGUAUAGGCGGCUACGUAUAUAAUAUACACGAACUUACUCGGUUCUGAAGGGU